AACUUCCACAAUCUGAAAAAAUCUCCAAGAUUCAUGUCAUCAACAAAGAGCCUGAGGGACCUAUAUCACAAAAGCAGUAAGAUAGCAUUUUACUGUAGCCGUCUUACAUCAGACAAUACCCUAAUACUGUAUGUCCACAGUUUUAGAAUCUGUAGGCAAUAAAAAAAAAAAAAAAUUAUAAUGAGUUAUAUUUUUUAUGCAUAUAACUUGUCUUAGGAGAAGAAAAGAGCAACAGCAACUCAAGAGAAGAAAUUAAUCAAAGUGUGAAUGAUGGUAGUUAUAUGUUCCUCUUAUUCUACAUUUUUUAAAGACACCAUGUUUCACAAUUGGAUAUUAAGGAUUAAAUAAUGUAUUUUCCAGUUUCCUCUUUUUCACCAUCAAUCUCUUCAAUCAAACAACAUCAAAUCAGAUCAACGUGGGUCCAAACCAGUCUGUCUUUGCCUGUCCUACAGCAGAACGAGGCAGAUAGUGACAGCCUUUUGGAGACCUCAUUUGACAGUAGAAGAAACACAGGAAGCUCCGCAUCAAACAUUAGUUUCUCCUCGGGGAUGGAUUCCAUGCCAAAUGUCAGUGACAGCAGUAGGAGUAUAUGCACUGUAGAUUUUAGUGGAGUUGAAGUCCAAGGAAGAAUACACUAUGCUGUGAACUACAUUCAAAGACUUCAAGAAUUCCACAUAUUUGUAGUGCUCUGCAAAGACCUGGCUGCGGCUGACACCAAGAGGCACUCUGCUGAUGCGUAUGUCAAAUGUUACCUUCUCCCUGACAAAAUAAAGCUGGGAAAGAGAAAAACUAAAGUUAAAAAGCACACCCUAAACCCAACCUUCAAUGAAAUCCUUAAGUUUAAAACCAAAUUGGAGCUGUUGAAAACUCAGAGCCUUUACAUUUCUGUGUGGCACAACAACACCUUUGGUAGGAACACCUUCUUAGGUGAAGUGGACCAGGAUAUGUCAGGAUGGGACUUAAGCAACACACAGAUACAUGAAUAUACGUUAAAACCAAGGGUGUCAGGACAGACCUCAAUACCUUCCUUUUUAAGUUUGCCAGACAGCAGAGGACUGAUGAGAGUAUCAUUGAGGUUCCUACUACAAACAUCUCACAGGAAAAAAACAUCUACAAUUGAAACCGGUGAGGUGCAAAUUUGGGUGAAAGAUUGUAAGAAUCUAACUUCAAAGAGAGGACCUACAAUGGAUCCCUUUGUCAAAUGCACUGUACUUCCUGAUGUAAGUGGCAAAAGCCAACAAAAGAGCCGUGUGGUGAAGAGAACAGCCAACCCUAUGUUUAACCACAAUAUGACGUAUGACGGUUUACGACCAGAUGACCUCAGGGAAGCCUGUGUGGAGAUUACAGUGUGGAAUCACGACCGGCGAAACCCUCACUACAUUGGUGGUAUCAGACUUGGACUUGGAACAGGGAAGAGUUAUGGAAUUGAUGUGGUUUGGAUGGACUCCACGAUGGGAGAAGCUAAUUUAUGGAAGAAGAUGUUGGAGUCUGGUGGUCAAUGGGUGGAAGAUAUUUUACCACUGCGAAUGCUUGUGACCACGAAAUGAUGCUCAGAAUGAUCAUUGCAACAGAAUGUUUUGAUAACCGCAAAUAAUAUCACAAUGUUAAUGGUCCAUUACACACCAUAUGAUAAAUAUGUUAAUUGUUUUGUUUUUCAUGUCCUUGCCUAUGCUUGAUAUACGCAAGUAUGCUAAUGUAUGUUAUUGGGGUAAGAUUAAAUAAACUCUGCUUCUUCCGACAGGACUACUAUUAAGAAGUGUUGAAUUU